GGCAGCGGCGCAGCGCACCGCUUCUUCCUCUUCUAUCUCUCAUCUACAGCCUUCGCUGCGCCGCCAUGGCCACCACCCGCUUGCUGCCGCUGCUCCGACGCCGCCUCGCCGCCGCAAUCGCCGGAUCGCCUGCUCCCUACUCCCUCCGAGGACCCUCAUUUCCUGCACCAGCAGCUGCAGGGCUAAGGUCCCUCCUAAAAGCUGCUGGAGCGAGCGAUACUGCAACAGAACCCCAGGACCAACAGCAUUCCGAAACAACUCCCCCGCCGGCUUCUGUCCCGACACCGGAGUCCGGUCUCAAAGUCAGGGACACCUCCAACCUGAAGAUCUCACCAAGGCAUGACCUCGCCAUGAUCUUUACGUGCAAGGUGUGCGAGACCAGGUCCAUGAAGAUGGCCAGCAGGGACUCGUACGAGAACGGAGUCGUGGUCGUGCGGUGCGGUGGCUGCAACAACCUCCACCUCAUGGCGGACAGGCUUGGCUGGUUUGGGGAGCCAGGGAGCAUUGAGGACUUCCUAGCGACGCAAGGGGAGGAGGUGAAGAAAGGUUCGACAGAUACUAUCAGCUUUACUUUGGACGACUUGGCUGGGUCUCAGGUCAGUUCUAAGGGGCCUUCCGAACAAAAUUAAUAUGAUAGUGUUUGGUCCAGUAAGAACCUGCAGAAGCCUCUCUUUACUAUAAAGAAGACGCACAUGUCACCUGUGUGUUGAAGAGAAGAAAAAAGCGCCUCUAGAAGCCUACCUUAACUGUUGCACCUGUAGUUCUGCUUAACUUCAUGGCUUUUCAUGUGUAGCUUUCGAGCCCAUCAAAUACGCGAUGUUGUGAUUCUAUUGUAGUGUAGCUAUUUCCUAUACCAAAAACUGGAUCCAGGAGAGCCUACAUAAAUUGAUGGACUGCCCGCAUUUCUGAUCAUGUAGUCAGUUGUGUGCCUGCAUUCAUUCACGGAUUGCUUGUGGCGCCUCUUACAGAUGGUUGUUAUGACUUUAAA